ACUUCGGAGCACUGGAUGAAAAGGUUUUUCACGGGGUGUGGUCUCUAAAAGUUCUGAAAGGGUUUUGCGUGAAGCGCUUCGGGUGUAAAUUAGGAUCCGUAGUUGUAUUAUUACUGUACAGUUCUAGGCCAAUAAAUCCUACGAAUGCAGCGGGUAACGUUCCCAGCUAACUGGCUCCGGGGUUCCCUGCUCCGGUUCCGGCUCGGGUUACCGUCUAGAUGAAGUUGUACGUGUUCUCCUCAUGUUUGCAUGGGUUUCCUCAGGGUUCUCCGGUUUCCUCCCAGCUCCUAAAACCAUUCUGGUAGGUGGAAUUGGCUGCUCUAAAUUGUCACUUGGUGUGAAUAAGUGCGUGCCUUGGUGCCUUGACAUGAACUAAAGUCCCAUCCAGGGUUUAUUAUUAUUAUUAUUAUUAUUAUUAUUAUUAUUAUUAUUAUUACACCCUGACCAGAAUAAUAGACUUAUCAUAAGCUUAUUAUAAGAAUAACGCUAUACUACACGUGCAAAACGGUCCUCUUUAAAUUCCCCAAAAUCCAAACAAAAUGUCCGUUUGUAAAAUUAUACUCGUUUUCGCGAGGAAGUGAACUCGGUUUGAAUCGACAGACUUUAAAACGUCUUUUAAAUCAGGACAAACACUUCAUAGCAGAACUGCACGCUUUUUUUUAUGCAUGAAUGAAGACUUUUUAAAUCCCUCAAACCCUUUACACUUCUGGGACAUUAGAAAUCUAAGCGCUUAAGUGGAUUUUCAUGCCAAUAUUUAGAAAGAAAUCUUUUUUUUUAAUUUUUUUUUUUUUUUGCAGCCGCAUGUCUUUAUUUUGUGCAAAUCCUCAACUGCACUGAGUCACAGUGAGUGCCGGGGAAAUCCACUUACACAAAUCCCACCAGACCCACUUUCCCAUCACACACUAUUACUGUUAUUGUCCUGAUUCUGCGUAGCUCCCGUGUGUGCUGCUGCAUUAAAGAGGUCCAGCUCGGUCCCUCCUCCUCCUCCUCCUCCUCCACAUAGUGUGACAUCACACUAACAGAGGGCGACGUCACUGGGUGUCCUAAACUGACCAAUGAGGCAUAGGCGCAGAGGGCUUGAAAUCCGGUUGCCAGAUUGGUUGUAUUCCCUAAAUCAAUUUUUUCUUUCAAUCGUGAUUGGCUGCGAAAUCAAAUGUAAUAAUAAUAGUAAUAACAAUUAUUGGGUUAUAUUCGAAAUGUAUAAAAUUGAGCUGAACUCAUAUACAUAUAUAGUAUAUGUUUAUAUAGUUUUUGAGCCAUUUUAAUUACAUUAUUGAAGGUUUUAAUGUGAAACUCUAGAAACAUGUUUUUGGAGUGAACUAUACAAUACAUAAAAAUUUUUUUAUAUAUAUAUAUAUUUCUUUAAGAAUGAGGGGAAAAUAUUUAUUCACCAGAUCUAUAUAAAAGCUUAUAAUAAAACUUGUCACUAAGAUAUAUUUUAAUAUUUGGUUGUUUUUGUCUUUUUACAGCGUCUUUUAAGGGAUUCUUGGGGUUUCAGGGAUUUUGAGGGACGUUCGCCUCACACCUCCAGGGUCGGGGGUUCGAUUCCCACCGUGGCCCUGUGUGUGCGGAGUUUGCGUGUUCUCCCGUGCUGUGGGGGUUUCCUCCGGGUACUCCGGUUUCCUCCCCCAGUCCAAAGACAUGCAUGGUAGGCUGAUCGGCGUGUCCAAAGUGUCCGUAGUGUUCCCUGGGAUAGGCUCCAGGUUUCCUGAAAAGGAUAAAGCGGUAUUGAAGAUGGACGGAUAUUUUUUCUGCAUUUGUAUCGUCGCUUCAGUAUUGGGUUUACACAAUGAAUUAAAUGUAAGGUACUGUAAGUCACGGUUCAAAACAUUCAUUCAUUCAUUUAUUCAUCUUCAAUACACGCUUUAUGGGCAGGGUCGUGGUGGAUCUGGAGCAUGUUUUGGGAAUACUCUGCCAGGAAUACAUGCUGGAUGGGACACCAGUUCAUUACACACAUUCACGCUUAGGGGAAAUUUUUUAGCAUGGUAAAGAACUUACCGGCAUUUUUUUUUUUCCUGGGAGGUGGGAAGAAAGCGGAGAACCCGGAGGAAACCCACGGAGGAACCAAACUCUGCAUGGACUCAGGAUCGAACCAACCGUCGUGCCAUAUUCCUCUGAAACAUUUCAACCCUCAUGACUGAUUAAAUUGACACCAUGAAUCCGUUCAAGUAAUAAAAAAUACAUUGAAAAAAUUUGAAACGUUUUUUUUUAAGGGUGGUAAUCGGUCGAUUGUUGCCGUACGGCAACAAUGUCCAACGGUGGAAAAUAUCCCAUAGUCAUAAACGGUACAAAGUGUAACAUUGGAGAUUCGUUAAUUGUUGCAACACAAUGCAGAAAAAAAAAAUAAAGAAAAAGUUCACCAACACUUCAAAAACAAAAACAACAACAAAAAAAACGUGAACUAAAAGUGUGGAUUUAAACAGGAAUGGGGUUGAAUCUGGCAACCCUGACAAGUUGAACUGCCGUGUGGAGUAGUGUAGAAUUUACGCGCACACACACACACGCGCACACACACACACACACGCGCGCGCACAUACACGCGCGCACACACGCACGCACGCACAUACACGCGCGCACAGGCACCCUUGAGUUCAGACCAGCGGCAGCGUUUACGCACGGAGCAGCGGGACAACAGGAGGACCUCACAAAUGGCACCUUAAGUUCAAGGAACCGUUCCUGAGGAUCAUAAACGCCUGAGAUGUUUCCGGAGCUCCUCCACACACCCAGUGCUCAACAGGAUGUAACUCGAGAUUUGGGUUUAAUGGAAAUGGAGUGGUUUUGUUGGAGCGCAAGGCACUGAUUCCCACCGAGCGGCGCGCAAAAAACGCACAGAAAAGACAAGAGGAAAAAGCGCACGCGCUGAAAAUCGCCUUGUAUUUAGUUCACUGAGUGUUUAGUGCAGUUAUGCGGACUCGGAGUGGAGUUUUGCGCUCGGUGGCUCUUUUCACCCUCUUUCUUGUGUCAGCUGAUGGUUUCCCCAGCAGAAAGCAGAGGAUCAAUGAGCCUAAACCCAGAGGGAACACCGCUCUUACGGCUGGAGGGCACGUUCGCUCUGUAGAUGCUAGCCAGACCCUGGAGGACCUUCGGGAGCAGAACCAGCUGAGCAGGAGCGGCUCACCUCCACACCGACACAAAAGGAGAUGGCCACAGCUUCGAUCGGACGGAGUUCUGCCCAAACCGGCACCCAAGGAAGAGGAGCCCUUCAUCUUAGACCUGAAGAACUUCCCCGACCUUGCUAAUGCAGAUCUGGGCUCGCAGAAUCCCAAUAUCCAGGUGACCAUCGAGGUCGUGGACGACCCUCAGAUGGAGGUCGAGAUGGACCUGGCUAAAGAGGGCAGGAACGACUGGCCUCUGAACUCCGAGGAAUGGCUUGGCCACAAGAAACUCUUCUGGCCUCUCUUCUGGGAAUACCACGACUCCAGCGACGAGAGUGCUGGCCAGGCCAGUCUGGAGGAGAACGGUGACGACCUGAGCUACGGAGGAGAAGAUUCCCUGCUGAGCGGCGUUGGAGUGGACUGGGAGAACCGGUGGAAGGGCUGGGACUCGAUGGAGAGUUAUGAUUAUGAAGAAGAGGAGUGGAGCGACUGGUCCCCGUGCAGCGCCACCUGCGGCCACGGCACCCAGAAGAGGGUUCGAUCGUGCGGCUACGCCUGCACUGCCACCGAGUCUCGCACCUGUGACCUGCAGCGGUGUCCAGAUGACCUGAAUGCCGUGACGGAGCUCAUUCCUCACGAGAUGAUGAAUGGCACCGAUGCCUUCGAUACAGACGUGGACAGCUGUGAGAAGUGGCUCAACUGCAAGAACGACUUCCUGCAGAAGUAUCUCCAUCAGGUCCUGACCGAAUUACCCAGCUGCCCCUGCGUCUACCCGUCCGAAGUCGUCUACAGCGCCGUGAACAUCUUCGACGACAAGCUGCGCAAGAACUACCGUUGGCGCGACGCCAGCGGACCCAAAGAGCGCCUCGAUAUCUACAAGCCGUCUGCGCGGUUCUGCGUGCGCUCCAUGUUGUCGUUCGACAGCACCACACUCGCCGCCCAGCACUGCUGCUACGACGAGCACAUGAAGCUGAUCACGAGGGGUAAAGGUGCCGGUGCGCCCAACCUUAUCAGCACCGAGUUCUCUCCGGAGCUCCAUUACAAGGUGGACGUGCUUCCAUGGAUCCUGUGCAAAGGAGACUGGAGCCGCUUCCACUCCGUACGUCCACCCAACAACGGAUUGCGGUGCACGGAGAACCCUCAGGAGGACGUCUAUAUGAACGAGCUGGAGGAGGCUCGAGAGUACUGAGAGGCAAAGCUGUCUCAUAUCAGAAUUAUUUUAUAUGUAGAUGUACAGUAUUUCGCUACAGGUUACGACUGGAGUUAAGGAACAUUUAAAAAAAAAAAAAAACCUGCAUUGUACACUGUUUAACUGAUACAACAGCCCGAACAAAGUACAGUAAUACAACGAUCUCUAUCUUCCGCACUUUUCCCCCAGAGAGCCAGUUGAAGCAAUCAGGGACUCUUUCAAACACCAUCCUCUGGAACAGGUUCACUGUAUUUCUCGUGUUCGUAUCCCCGACCCUUCUUUUUUUCUCUUUUUGUCAUGAAAGGAAUUCCAGUCAGGCUGCUAAACUUGAGUCCAAGCAGAAUCCCCGGUUGUUAUCUUAGACUCGAAGCUUAGAGUUGGAGCUCGUCCAACGCAGGCAAGAUCCAUCCAAAUAAAUCAAACACGAGCCCGAGUGCCGCAUGCGCGUGGCUUCGAAAUAUUUCACGACUCUUCCCGAACCUGCGUGUUACCCCAGAUGUACUUGGAUCCAGUGUCAUUUAUAGCUUUCACAGACGUUUAGGAAUGAUGGUGCAGGAUCGUAGGUCUUGUUUUGCUUCAUAAAAGGGCUAAAGAUUCCAUCGUCAGGAUGAAAUUCUCCUUUUAGCAAGAACUAGGCAUGUGCAAAUAUUACACUCUCGUAUCGUGAUAAUGGGCUAAGCUUUUAUCGAGGUUCAUGAUGUUAUCAGACAUCUGUGUUCCCCAAGGUCCUGUAGCUUCCCAAGGUAAAGGAUGCAUGCUGUAGCAUUAAGGCUCUCACCUCAAUGACAAGAAUUUGAGACCCUUUUUUUUUUUUGAUGGGAUUCUUCUACACAAACCUGCAGGACAUUUCUUCAAAUUUGUCUGCAAUUAAGGAUCCUUAGAUCUUCUUAAAUGGUACAAAGGUACAAACAAAUUGUUUGAGAUGCUCCCCAGUGACCGUAAUCCUUCACAAUGGUACUAACAUCUGGAUAUAUAUCCAAUCAAACAAUUGAGCAAAUAUUCAAAUAUGACCACACCAAAUAUUUCUAUUUAGAAAGUUUGAACACUUCAAAAAAAAUAUUAGUUUAUUCCAGGGCUCUCCAGGGAAUCCCCCCUCCCCCCCACCAAAAAAAAAAAAUUGGUUAAUGUAUUGGUGCAUGGGAGAUUAUGGGAUGUAUAGGACAACAAAGAAUACAUAUACGUAAUAUACACUUCCUCCAAAAUGUUCCAGAUGAUCUUGGCACACACUCUUCUUCAAAAGGCUUCUUCAGAGGUCUUUGGACAGUUCUAGUCUUUUAAAAAGGGUGCUGUUCGGAACCGUUUCUGAAAAUGAAACCGUGUCUGUUGUAAAGUUUCGACAUACAACCCUUAAGGGUUAAACCUAAGGACUCUUGGAGUACAGGCAGAAUUAUACACUUCUAGAAAGAAUGCUAAAUCUUUUAAGUAUUCUUCGUUUUGGUCCAUCUGACGGAACAUCUGUCAUCUGAGAUUUUUUUUCAAGAAGAACCCCUUUCUGCAUGAGUAGGCAUCAUGUGUUACUUAAUUAUUAUUUUUUUGUUUUUUCCCCCCACUGGCAGAACCUUUUAAAGACUCUACGACAGAGGGUUCUUCUAUCACAGAGGGUUUGAAGUAGAACCCCUUUCCGCAUGACUAGGCAGCAUGUGUUACAUCUAAGGAUCCGUAAUUCUUCAGCUUGUACCUCUGAGCACAUUUUUAUCCGUCCCUCUUGGAGAACCGGUCACGUUUCUGUGAGGAACCCUGCAACAGAGGGUUUCAACAAGGGGUUCUGAGAGGGAACUCCUUUCUAAAUGAGUAGGCAGCAUGUUACACAUCUAAGGAUCCUUAAUUCUUUAGGUUGUCCCUCUGAGAGAAUUUUCAUAGACUAUGACAGACCCUACUACAGAUGGUUCUCCUAUCAAAAAGGGUUCUAGGUAGAAUCCCUUUCCGCCCGAGCAGGCAGCACGUGUUACAUCUUGAUCACGCUGUUUAUCUUCACCACAAAUUCUCACCAAAAAUGUCACCUACCUCAAAAGCCUCCUGGUCACAGUGUCUUACCACCCAAGUAUUCACCACCCGUGAGCUUUUUUUUUCACAUUUUGUAGUGUUAGAACCUGGAACUGAAAUAGACUUUAGUGGGAUUAUAUGCCAUGAUUUUACACAAAAUAGUGUAUAAUAGAACACCAUCUUUUCAGUGAAGCAUGGUGGUGGAAGCAUCAUGUUAAGCACUACCUUUGGCCUUUAUUUAUUUCUUUUUUUUUUUUUUACAAACUAUAUUAUUUUUUCUCCUCACUUCACUUUUAUGGGCUAUUGUGUGGUGAUUCAUGAUGGAAAAGUUCAAGCGGGGUGAACACACAUGCACUAUGUUGGCUCCCCACCAAACAGUUAGUUAAUUAGUUAGUUAGAUAAUACCGAAGACUUUGGUCUCAUUGUAGUGCAGCCUGUCAGGAGAGACGUUCGGGGAACAAACAGAACAUCCCCUAUAAAGAACAAUGAAAGUGUGCUUUGCAAAUCCACGCCGAGUCCCAAAAGUAUCAAAGCCCACUUGUGCGUACAGGGAUGUUGUUUUAAGAGCUAAAGCCUCACCUUUCAGCCCGGGUUGUUAUCUUGAUCAGUGUCUUCGUGCCAUGUUGAAAAAGAACACCAGGGGAUUGGGAAACGCAAAAAGGCGCGUUGACAGGCUAACCUCGCACCACUGUAAAAACAUCCACGUUUGGGUGACAUCUUAAUUGAGACGUGACCCAUCCUGGAGUGCACCACUGCCUAUCAUGGCUGGCUUUCUUCCAUCACAUUCUCGUAUUCUUAUAUACUGACAGUCAAAAGAUUUUGAACAUGUGGAGGGUUUUUCCUCCUACAUUUUUACCAACGAUUGGCUAUUAAAUAAGAAGUCUAAAUAUGUGUAUUUAAGGAUUUCUUCAUUGCGCACUCUCAGAUUCUAAUGAAUGCUUUAUUAAAGGCGAGAUUUGUCUUACAGUUGAUAUUACACGGUGUUAGUAUCAAUUAUAAGACAAAUUUAUUUUGGUCCAGGGAGAUCUAGAUUUUGGUUUUCCAAUAAAAUUAAUCCGCAAGCAUUUCUCAGUUCACCUAUUUAUUAUUGCUUAGAUUUUCUAAUGCUAUAGUAUUUAUCUUGAAUGUUGAAAGAGGGUGUCCAAAAACUUUUGACUGUCCAAGAUUGAAUUAUUAUUAUUAUUAUUAUUAUUUUUUACAUUUUUUUAAAGCACCUGCAUACAAUACAAUCUGGUCUCCAAUAGCUAUCUAUAAGCAGAUGUCACAUGAUGUGUUUGUGGAUUACACUUUAUUUGUUGUUUCAGUUUUAAGCAGUGAGAAUUUAAUUAGCAUUUAAAAACACAAGCUGGGUGAAUUAAAUGAUCAGUGCACAAAGGCUUAUUAAGUUUAUUAAUAACCGUCCUGGAUGGCAGUGAUGUCGCCACUUGUGUCAGUAAGCAUCUUUAACGUCUUUAACACGAGCCCCCGUAAAUGAACUGGAUCUCCUGUUGAGUUAGCCUCGCAUUCCAGCGUACAGGAUCUCAUACGGUGCAGCUGUGAAGGAGCUUUAAUCUCGGCGUAGGAGCAUCCCGCGCACUCUGUUAUGGCAUGUCCGCAUCACGUUUCAGCGCCCUGGAAUCCGCGAGCCGUGUGGUAUGCGCACGGGGAAGGAGGUGUGCGUGCGGCCACUGGGAAACUGCGAGAACGGGGACGCGGGGCCACUCGCGCUUGGCCUUGGUUUCUGGGUUUCUCUGAAGCCGUGCCAGGCUUUUACGCUCCUGUUUUCAUUUUAGCACCGGCCCUCGAGCCGAGUCGGUUUUCAAAGCGUCCUGUUAUAAGGGACACUCCGUAUCGUCAUCGGUCUAAAGCUCAGCAAAACGGAGAGAUGUUACAAGUGAACGAAAAAGAAAUCCGAUGAUCUAUAGCUGACAAAUAAAACGGACAAACUCUAAUUUUGGUGAAAGUUUACGUUGUUGUGUUUUGUUUUUUUUUUAAUAUAUAUAUAUAUUCUUUCAGGAAAUUUUGACUGAUUGUGUCACUUUUAAGAAACGUCUGAAAGAAAGGCACUUUAUUUUUAAAAUAAAUAAAUAAGUGGAUAUAUAUCUUUGUAUAUAUUAUCAUUAUAUUGAAUAAUACCUGCAAUGUACAAUUUAGAUUUUACUUUUAUUUUGUGUCAUUAAUGUAAAAGGGAUAAAUUACACCUCCUAUGCUGCAUUCUUAACGGAUUUUGUAUGUGAUGUAAAAUAUCGGGCAUGUUACGUCAUGUCGUGUCAUGUCAGGUCAUGUCUAUUGUUAUUAGAUUUAUUAUUGUACAGUAUUUAUUAUUGUUCAGAAUCCAUAAGAUGCACUAUAUAUGAAGCUGAGUGAAAGCCACUCCCACCCCAUUCGUGGUUGGAUGUUUUGUGAAAAAGGGAAUGUGUUCGUUCGUACCAUGCCACACACCACACUACUUCAGUUACAUGCAUUUUUUUUUUUUUUUUUUUUUACCAUCUCUGUCCAAAAUAU